AUUCGCCACCACUGUAGAGAGCAUGUAAGCUCUCAAUUUUAUUUCACUGCAGUUUCUAAACAAUUUUUGACACCGAAAAUUUUAGUCUAUAACUGACGGAGUAGGUGUACGGGCGUAUUGUGUGCAAAAUUUUUUACAAAUAUGGAAAGUGAAAUUCACUUUAAAUUACCACAAGGCGAAAUUCGCGGAGCGAGAAGAAGAAGUAUCUAUGGUGACGACUAUUUCAGCUUUGAAGGAAUUCCAUAUGGUAGACCACCUCUAGGUGAUUUGCGUUUCAAAGCACCCCAACCCGCUGAGCCGUGGUCUGGAGAAUUAGAUUGCACCAAGUGUGCAAGUAAACCGGUUCAAAAAAAUAUUAUGACCGGUCAAUUGGAGGGCACAGAAGAUUGUUUAUAUUUAAACGUCUAUGUGAGAAAGUUGAAAUAUAUUAACCGCCUACCAGUCAUGGUUUAUAUAUAUGGUGGUGGAUUCUAUAUGGGAGAAGCGACACAAGACCUCUAUAGUCCCGAUUACUUUAUGCGGGAAGACGUAAUACUUGUCACUCUUAACUAUCGUUUAUGUGCUUUAGGUUUUCUGAGUCUUCAGGAUCCUUCUCUCGAAGUACCAGGCAAUGCUGCAUUAAAAGAUCAGGUACUAUCUACUAAAGGAUAA